GACGUGCUUUGCACGUAGCUUUGAGCGUUGACGAAGUCAACUGCCAGAUAGACUGGAAGAACCUGUUCUCUUGCUCACUCCAGCCAGCAAAAAGGCAGUACUAGCAACAACCGUAGGCAAUGUGUCUUGAUAACCAAGGAGAAGACUUUGUUCUGGGCCGUUUUGUGCAGCGACCUCGCGGGGCGGGGGCCCUUGGUUCCGCCCCUUUCCGCCGCAUCAAAAUUGGAUGUGCGGAUGCGCAGCGGAGAAGAGCCCUGGCAAAGCCCUAAAGCCUUUUGCAAACGCGUCCACAUGGGCAGGUGGAACACGGGCUGUGAGCGCUUUUUCUGCAGGACCCGUGCGUGUGCCCCGCGCCUACUGGCCUUGCUGCUGCGGCAUUACUCUGGAGUAGACAACGCCUCACGAAUGACGAUAGCGUGCGCGUGAAUGAGCAACGGACGCCCAACCGGUUUUCAGGCAACCGCCGCGAGGCCAAAUAGCGCCGCGCACCUGCCCACAUGGACAGCAGCCCAGCGCUCUGAGUGACAAGCGGGCUCUGAUGAAAAUGGGAAGGGAGGAGCGCACAUUCCGGAAUUUGCCGCCGGGAACAUUGGCUGGCCUUGACGCGCUCACCGAAUGCGGCUACUGGGAGCGCAUCAUGUCUGCUGCUGACAUUGAGCUCAGCGACAUCAGCGUAUUCCGAUGCAGAUUCGCCGAGAUCAACCGCUCCGCCGCCAACCGCCUGGCCUUCCUGGCGGGCAGCGGCGAGUACGGCACAUUCAACAUCAAGUUCCUCAUCGGACAGCUAGUGGAGCAGUGCACGGACAUGCACAGAUACACACGCAGGCUAGAGAACUACGUAGCCAGGCAGGCGCAGCAGCAUUCGCAGCCGCAGCUACAACACAACCCGCACACGCAGCAGGCGCCUGACACAGCCGAGGCUCUCCCCGCGGCACACGCGCACGCGGCGGCGGCGGGCGCGCUGCAGCCGCGGCCCAUGUCGACGGCGGCUGCGGCCGAGGCACAACUGCUGCUGCUGCUGCUGCGCCGGGCUCAGCAGCAGAGCCAGCAGAUGCAGGUGGGGCAGGGGCCUGCCGACCACCGGGCUGGAGCGGCUGCCGGCGAGGGCGAAGGCACUGAGGUGGAAGCCGCUGCCGCUGCCGCUGUGGCGGCGGCUGCGCUGCCGGAACCUCGCCUGCUGGGGGCAUUGACGGAUGCAUCAUCCGCUGUUGGAGCAGCUGCGGCGGCUGGUCCCGGCGGCGGCAGCGGCUCAGGGGCAGCAGCGCACGGGAGGCCGCAGCCACCGCCAUCGCUACCGCAGGCUGAACACGAUCAGCAGCAUCAGCACCUAGCCCGCCUGCUGUGCUUUCUGCAGCAGCAGGCCCCUGCGCCACCCGGCGCUGCAUCCUCCGCUGCUGCAUCCGUCCACAUGCCCCCGCCGUCUGGCUCUGCAGCGCAACCGCACCUGCGGGCGGCGGCGGCGGCCGUGGCGCUGCUGCAGUCAUCGUCGCACCUGCUCCCAGCAGGCAAUGGCAGCGGCGGCAGUAGCAGCAACAGUGGCACCGGCGGCAGCACUCAAGCGGCUGGCACCGCGCGGGGGGAUGGCGCGGGCGUCGGAGGUGGGGGAGGCAAUGGCGCUAUGCCGCCGCCUUCCACCUAUGCUGAUGCGAGCGGCGUAGCCGAUGGGAGCCGGCCUUACAACGGCCGCCAACGGCACCACCAAUCACAGUCGCCGGCGGCACCCGCACCAGCACCUGCUGCCGCUGCUGUUAGUCAGCAUGGGCUCCUGCAGCAGGCAGUGGCGGACUCAGGCGCAAACGCCAGCAGCGACACGGCCAAUGGUGACGCCGAUCCGGCUGCUGCGGCAGUGGGCGCAAUGGCUGCGGCUGCGAAAGGUCAGCCGCCACCGCCGCCGCCGCAGCCCGCGCCACCAUCCGCCUUCACGCCUUUCAACACACUGGGUGCGCUGCUGCUGGGCCGCGGAGGCGUCAUCAGUGCCAGUAGUGCCAAUACCGGUGCCGGGGCCGCCAUGCCAGACGCCGCCACGGCUGCCACAUUGCUCGGCACUGAGGAGGCGGGAGCCGAUGCCUCAGCUGUCGCGGCCCCCGGCUGGGGGGCUUCGGCCACCGCCAGCGCCUCCGGCACCCAGCAGCAGCCAGUGAACGGCGGCGCCGCAUCUGUGGGGACACUGUUGAGUGCCGACUCACUGGGGCCGGUGGGGGCAGCUGCCGGCACAGUGCCUGUGGGUGCGGCAGCAGUGCAGCGCACCCAUGCUGCUUCUGCAGCGGCACUUGGGGAGCCGCUGCCCGCGCCCUCGCUUGCGGCCAUCCUCACAGCAGCCGCGGGGCCUCACCCACCCCAGCCCCCUGCACCCAGCAGCGGCAAGCGCGCCAGGUCGCCGACCGCCGCCGCCGCCGCCGCUGAUGAUGAGCCGCAGGCGCAGGUGGCAGCGACUGCCGUGGUGGCGCCCUCCGGCUGUGGCGGUGUGAUGCCAGCAGAGGCGGGCGCUGGCGGAUCGCAGGCGGAGGACAGGCGCAGGAGUGCCGGGCUGCAGUGAAAGCAGCGAAGCCACCAUUGUUUCGGGGCUGCGGCGCAAGGGGCCGCAGUAGGGGCAGCACGUGCAUCAAGAGAACGACUGAGCUCGGGGGAAGCUGCGUGGGUGUGAUCACCCUACCCCAAGAGCCUUCCAAUGUGGGUGCAUGAUGCAUUGUUAACCUUUUUGCCUGUGCGUUGCAUGAAUCUCCUGUGUGUUGGUGGCAAUGCUUCGUAUGGGCUGACCUAUCAAGCCUUCAGUGCAGCACAACGCGUGUUGCCUGACCGCUCAAGUGAAUCAGGUCUGCGCCUGCUGCGGCUCCAUACGCUGGCCUCUGCAUUUGGGGCCGGCCUGGCGGCCGCGUGGCAUGCAGUGAGUAGAGGCGCUACUGGGUUGCGAAGUGGGAGACACCUUGAUGUUGUUGAUGUUGUAGACACAGGGGUGCUGUGCGGCCACUUGACGGCCUGUCGGCCGUGCAGCGGGUAGGUAGGCCAAUUGGAGUGAAGCAACUGCUGGAUGUGUGGGUUGAGGGCGGUCAAGGCACGCACGUGCCGAUUUGUGUCGCCACGUGCUUCGUGCGUGAUGAAGGCCUUCGGGCUGCUCUGACGAUAGAGUGGAGGAGAUAACGUCGUGUGCAGGCAACAGGUGAGGUGAGCAUGCAGGAUGUAUGCGAGCUAAGUUGCACGGGGCUUUACAGCGACCGGGAAGGCCUUGGAGUGAUGGAGGGGAGAGCGAGGGAGAUGGAACUCCCAACUCAAGGGAAGGGGGGACGCAUGUGGUUGCAAGCAGUGCAUGUCCAUUGAUUAGGGUAUGAGACGAAGAUCGAACCGGAGGGGACCAUCGAUAUAGCAGUACUCGGCUAAUUACUACCAACUAUUUUUACGUGGCGGUGGGCAUAAAGAGGUUGCCUCGGGCUGUCUUGUCUGGGCUGCCUCGAGCAUGUGGCGGGAGUGGUGCAUUGUUACUGAGCUUGUGCCUUGUUGGUCCUUGGCGUGAGCGAAAACGGCAUACAAGUGAGGGAUUGCGGUCUUGCCCGUGGACCAAGUCGUUGUGGCAUGAGGGAUCGGGGCUGGUCACACGGGCAUCUGCUGCCGUUGCCAGAUUGCAUUGGUUACAAGAGGGACCUGCUGACGCAGUUCACGAGCCAGUACGAGCGAAAGGGGGCGGCCGGUCGGGAUCAAGGGGUGUAGUCCAGAGGAUCGAGGGCCGCUGCUCUGGGCGCUCCGUAGAUGGUUGUAUUGUAUGUGAAGACAUGAGUGCGCGUGACAAUUUUUACGCACUUUGUUGAGGGCGAAGUGCCUGAGGAGCGGGGGUGUCACCAUUGUGUUCAGUUCACAGGAGCUCCAUGUACACCUUGGGACCGUGCCUUGGGACCCAGUCUUAUUAAUGCUCACUUCAGGCCUGUCUUAUACAUACAUAAGGCACACUGCUAUUUGGCCCAUCGCAAUACCGGUAGUUUUGGAGCAGUUGCACGUGGUGUCUGCCCCAAGGUCUACCCCAGGUUUCGAUGCAUGGGAGGGCAUUUCGCGCGCUCACUCCAGAUGCAGGUUCGGAGAAAACUGCCCGGGGUGCAGUCCCGUACACGGUGUAGACAAAUGGAUGCCAGGAUGAAGAUGGCUGCAGACAGAUGAAGACGGCUGAAGGGGGAUAGAAGGAAGCGGUUGCAGGGCUGGCGGCGUGUGCCGUGGGUCCAUGUGUCGCAGGGGUGGUGGAUGGUGGCUGGCUAGCGGUGGGUGGUGGUGGUGAGAUUGGUGUGUUCUUGGCGAGAAUGGAC